AAAUAUCAAAUGACUACCCUAUAUAAUGAAUACUAUACUACUGUGGUGAAGUGCAGUGAAUGCACACAAAUGGUAACUAAAUGUAACAUACAGUGCAGUGUCAUAAUAUCCAACAGUUGUUUGGUUUUUAAUCAUCAUGAGAAAAUUGUAAUCAGAGAACAUGUGUUAUUAGUGCUGUUAAAACCAAUUUGCAGUAAUGUGGCAUUAUUGCGGUACCUUAAAUAGCUAAUUUAUAUGUGCGCUAUUUGUUAAAUAAUAACGCCUCAUGUUCUUUUUGAAUAGGAGAAGUACCUACAAUCACCUAAGCAGCUGGUUGACAGAUGCCAGGAACCUGACCAACCCAAACACAGUGAUCAUUCUAAUUGGUAAUAAGGCUGAUCUGGAGUCUCAGAGAGACGUGACAUAUGAGGAGGCCAAGCAGUUCGCUGAGGAGAACGGUUUGCUGUUUCUAGAGGCCAGCGCUAAGACAGGGGAGAAUGUAGAGGAGGCUUUUCUGGAGGCAGCAAAGAGGAUCUACCAGAACAUCCAAGAUGGCAGCCUGGACCUAAACGCUGCUGAGUCAGGAGUGCAGCACAAACCAUCAGCGCCUCAGGGAGGACGCCUCAACACUGACAGCCAGCUCGCUAAAGAAGGUUGCAGCUGCUAACCUCACACAGAGACAACAGACGGAUGGACGGACAGAGACAGUUAUGUAAACCGAGAUCCCCUCUCCUCCAGGCACUAACAUCAAUCUGCUAUUCAAAGUGCAUUAAAUAGGAUAUAACUGGAUUUCAUUUAACAUAGGAGACCACAGUUCGUUAUCAUUUAACAGUCCAGUCAAUCCCACUUAAAUAUGGAUUGUCAAAGUUUGAUACCCUCAAGAGACAAUGUCUCCAGAGACAAAUAAAAAAAAAAAUAAACGUUUCAAAUUUGGACCAACUCACUGCCCAAAUUGGGGUUGCACCAAAAUGGUUUGCCUUUCUGCCAAAUCUGGAAUCAAGACUGCUUUCACACUACUUCCCAUACUGCAGCUAGGCUGGCACACUUUAGUUUCAAAUCUGGCCAUUGCGAUAGAGAGUUGGUCAAACUGGGUCCAAAUUAAAAUUGCUUGAGCUGAAGGGUAGGCCAAGCAGUACUGUAAGUUAAGUGCAUCAAUCAUCGUUCCAAGAUAAGGCUACCCUGCAUAACACAGUCUGUCCUUGAUCUUGAACAAUCGAUAUUCCAGAUUAGCUCAUCCUACAAUUCCUAAUAGUAUUUUACCAAACAUGAAAUACCUUCCAGUUACAGAGAAAUGUAGCUGUCUAAUUCAGACUGACCUACAGUCUAAAUAUGAUCUAAAGUCAUAUGAAGUUCAAACUGAACUACUUUGGACAAUAGGAGAGGGUUGUGCAAAUUUGAAACUACCUUAGACCAAAAUAUAAAACACCAUGUCCCAGUGACAAAGAUAACUAAGCAUGAAUUUGGACCUUCUGUCUGGACUGCUCCCCUAAAAUUUGGAUGAAGUUCCAACUCUGGAUAUUCCCAUGAACAGAUUCAGGGCCUCAUCUUAACCUGGACUGUUGCAUUCAGGAACCAUUUUUUCAUGAAUUUUAAAAUCUGAACCAAAUUUAGCUCUGGAUCUGUUGUCAUUGCAGAUAGUCCAAACGCACAGUUGAGAUUGAGUAAAUCGUCUGAAUCUACAGUGCCAGUCUGAUGCUGUAGAUUAGUAUUUGUCGUGUCUGUGUGAUAUGCCAUGGUUUGCUGUCAGUUGAUAUAGUUUUAAAAAUCAAUUCUCUCAAAACCAUGAAUUCUGUCACAGAGUGGCCUGGAAUUCUGAACCUGCCUCUAGGAUUCCUCCUUCUCUGAAAAACAUUUCUCCCUCUCAUGCCUCAUCUGAAGCUCUGCCCUCUGAGCUCCUUGCUGGAUUAUUUGGUUUGAUUGUUCCAUCAUUUGUUGAUUGGAAGACGCACUUUAACUGUUGUUUGUCAGAUGCACCUUAGGGGUGUUCCAGCUGUAUUUUUAAAUGUUUUUCAGCCGUCCAGUCACCUCAGAUGCAAGUUAAAGGGGCAAUCCACUGAUUUGUACAUGAGUAUUACUCAUCUUGAGGAGUUUUAUUUUUUAAGUCUGCAAAAUUAUCCUGACUCUUUUACCUUACUGUAUUGUCUAAUGGAAGGUUGAUCUAAUGGAAAAACUAUUCAAUUUGCUUCACAGAAAUUGCAGGAUCCAAGAUUUUAUGGUGCAUUCACACCAAAUGUGAAGCGAUUUGUCAAGUGGUGUUACAGUAAAUAACAACUGGCACCUUCUCAUCUGUGGCUAAUGUCAUAGCUCACUAUAUUCACAGUAAUGUGCGGCCACCUUGAAGUGACAAACAUUUUAAAAAUGUACUGGGUACUACAGCUUCCUCACUCACCAUGUUUGCCUGGUCUUCAUCAUUUUAGCACUGCAAAAUAAAUUGAGUUUGGAAAGAAAAGUUUAUGCAAAAUACGAAAAAUCUAAUCUGAAUCACUCGAUAGUACAGUCUGGCCACAAACAAACCUUUAUUUUGCUGCUUCUGUGUAAACGACAGAUAUACAGACCAAGACCUCCAUUUUGCAAAUACUGUAAACUGUUUACAGCCUGACAAGACACUGAGUAAAACAGACAAAAUGACAUGCAGUUGAGAGAUGAUAUCAGUGACCUAAUGAAUCCGUGUAUCAUUUGUUUGUUCGUUUUUCAAAAUAAAACGAAACUUGAAAAAACAUAA